AUGGGAAAUAGAAAAAGAGGCCAGAGGAAGCCAUCUAAGAAAAAAGUAAUUGAAGUAGGUUGCAAAGAAAAAUGUGAAGCUGGACCAAGUGCGAUAUCAAGGAAAACUCAUUCCGUGGAAAAAUCACGCCAAAUUAGUAAUAAUGCUUCCAUGAAGUUGUUUCAAUAUGAUUCUUCAUCAAGGCCAUCUACACCAGACCCAUUUAGUGAUGAUGGAGAGUAUGGUUCCGAUAACGACUAUGAUCCAGGAUAUGAUGAUAAUACAGACAGCACUAGCACUGUUAGUGAUCACACAAAGCAACGUGAAAAGAAACAACUAAAGAAACGUUCCAAGGACAACGCAACGAGGUCACAUGGUAAACGCAACUCUGAAAGCAGUGUAAGUAGCAGCUCUGAUUCUGACGAUCGAACCGAAGGCUUUAGCGAGUGCACGGAUGUAUGUGAUAGCGAUGACAACGAGGAUGAUACAAAUUCGAUAUCGGCAGAAUCUAGUGAUGAGAGUAUUUUUGACAGUAGAAAGAGAAAAAAGAAGGGGCAGAGUUCCUCUUUAGGAUCAAGAUACAAAAAACCUAAGAUUGCCAGUGCAGAUCAGAGUACCGACACUAUGUCGUUAGAUUCUGAGGCAUUGCUAAAUAAUAUAGAAAAUCUUGAAAGCUCUUCAGUGCAACUCGAUCCUGCAGUAUUAGAAAAUAUCUCAAUUUAUUCACAUAUCGAAGGAAGUCACUCCCAUACUAAUCCACAAAUUCAAGGUGCUGAAGACGACCAUGCUGCUGCAGCUGCUGAGGUUAAUCCCGCGCCUGCCAACUUACGUGCACUGGAACUAGACGCAGCUGCGCAGCACCACUCUCCUGGUUCUCCUGCACCGGAUCCAGCAGCUGCUGAGGGAAAUCCCGCGCAUGACAACCUACCUGCCUUGGACCUGGAUGUAGCUGCGCAGCACCGCUCUCCUAGCUCUCCUGCACUGGAUCGGGAGGCUGUUGAGGGAAAUCCCGCGCCUGACAACCUACCUGCGCUGUACCUAGACGCAGCUGCGCAGCGCCACCUCCUGCAGCGCUCUCCUAGCUCUCCUGCACUGUCAGGCUGUGAGGGAAUCCCGCCGUCAAAUUAUCUGCCCUGUACCUGGACGCAACGCUGCUCUCCUGGCUCUCCUGCACCGGAUCCAGCAGCUGCUGAAAGAAAUCCCGCGCCUGUCAACUUAUCUGCCCUGUAUCUGGACGCAGUUGAGCAGCGCCGCACUCCUGGCUCUCCUGUAUCGGAUCCAACGGCUGCUGAGGAAAAUCCCACGCCUUCCAACCUACCUGCUCUGGACCUGGACGCAGCUACGCAGUGCCGCUCUCCUAGCUCGUCUGCAUCAGAUCGGGAGGCUGCUGAGGAAAAUCCCGCGCCAGCCAACCUUCCUGCCCUGGACUGGGACGCAACUACGCAGUGCCGCUCACCUAGCUCUUCUGCACCACCAGAACUAAACGCUACUGUAAGAUAUCCAACUCCGGCCAGCACACUUGCACUGGAGGUAGUUGCAGAGCGUGGCUUGUCCGGCUCUCCUGUGCCGGAACGAGAUGCUGCCGAAACGAAUUCUGCGCCUACCAGUCCAUCUGCUUUGGAUCGGGAAGCAUUUGUACAACGCAACCCUUCUAUCUGUCAUGUGCUGGACCCAGAGGCUGCCGAAAGAAACUCCGUGCCUGACACACUCCCCGAGAUAAGUCCAGCGACCAAUUGCAGACCAAGCACUCCUCCACUGAUAAAUUAUGAUUGGGAACACACGAACACAGACAUACCUUCGUUCGAGUUUGAUGAAAGUUCAGCAGGUGUCCAGUUUGAAGUCAACCCAGCUAUGACAGUUAUGGAAAUAUUUGAUAAAAUUCUUAAUCCUAAUAUUGUAGACUAUAUUGUAACAUGUACUAAUACAAAAGAUAAUCCCAAAGACAUCAUUAAGAAAAAACUCAAGAAGAAUCAACAUGUGUGGGUACGAAAAAAUAAGGUCUAUGUUUCAAAAUGGGUUGACAAGCGACCACUUCUUAUGGUAACAACUUCAGUUCAUCCUCGGCUUGUAGAAAUACAAAACAGAUUUCAACAAAGAAAAAUUAAACCCGCAGAAGUGGCAGAAUACAAUCAACACAUGUCCGGAGUUGAUAGAGCAGAUCAAAUGAUCUCAUAUUACUCCUCACCAAGGAAAUCAAUCCGGUGGUAUAAAAAAGUGAUGUUCCACUUGUUGGAUGUUGCAGUAUGGAACUCAUUUUUUAUUUUCAAAAAAUACUGCCAAGCCAAUUGUGAUUUCUUGCUUUUCCGAGAGGAAUUGAUUCGAAGACUGUUGGACUUACCAGCAGAUUUAACAGCAGAGCAAGUGAUUUUAGCUCGCAGCAAAUAUGACAACAGAAUCAGAGCUAAUUUAUUGCCACUUCCAGUCAGUACCAUUGACGACGACGUCGGAAGCUCAAGAGUCCAUGGUCACUGGCCUGAGAAAAUACCCGUGCAAGAGGGUUCAAACAAAACAUCAAAGUACUUGAAAUGCAAGAUGUGCACGAAAAAAAAGGUGAGAAGGGAGACUUGCCUGAGAUGUAAAGGUUGCCCUGAAAAGCCAGCACUGUGUGCUCUUUGCUUCGAAGAGUGGCACAAAGAAGUAUAA